UACACAUCUAUAUAAGCCACUCUCUCUUGAUCAUCUAUGCAUUAACACAAACCAUUCUCUUCUCUAUUUGCCUUUAACCAUCUUCCUGUUUCUUCACAGUCUAUUUGUGGUUCAGUUUCUGAUUAAAUUUCCUUGGGAAUUCUAUGGCUACUGCAGAGGUUGCAUCCGUUCAAACUGCACUCCAUGAGGAGAAAACUGAAGAACCGAUCAAGGUUGAAGAAACUACAACAGCUGAGGUAGUCAAUGUAGCUUCUGUUGCUGAAGAAGAACCAAAGGAGACAGCAUCUGAAGAACCUGAAGCCGAUGCCCCGGCUGAAGUUGAACCCAAACAGGUGGUUGAAGAGGAGGAGUCCAAGGCUGUGACCGAGGAGCCAGAAGUUGAGAAAAAAGAAGAAGAAGCUCCUCAGGAAACAGUACCCGAGCCAGUUGCCGAGGAGACUACUGAGCCAGCCGUUGAAGAAACCAAAGAAACUACAGGCUCUACCGAAGCCGCCCCGGUGGAAGAACCCAAAGAGGAAGUUGCCAAGGAAGAAGAAAAACCAGCUGUAACUGAAGCUGAGAAGACUGAGUAAUAAGGUUACCGUUAGCUACAAGUUGCACGUGGAGUCGAUUAGUUUCUGUAUAGCUGAAUAAGCAUGUAGUAGUAUUAUGGAGGAAGAGGCUUGGGACCAUGGAAAUGACCCGCCAAUCAUAGCUUGCCAAUUGGCUAAACCACAUGAGUAGGCAUUUGGGGGGCAUUUUUUAUGGUUUCCAAGCAUGUUGUUAAUUUUAAUUUAAGUGUGUUUUGCUUUUGCAUGUUUUCAUUGAAGGCGCAGUUUGCAUGUUGCCUUUGAUGAUAAUAAUGUAAUAAAUCGUAGUCCGUUUGUUCUA